CUGCUCUCCUCACACACACAGACACACAAACUCUCUCUCUCUCUGUCUCUAGCCUAGGCUGUGAUGUGAGUGUGAGGAAAAAGAAAGACAGGGGUCGUGGGACGUGUUGAAGAGGACAAGAUCUUCUUUGCAGUACAGUGGACGAAACUCCAAGGCGGAUUCAAUUUGCCAGUGUGCGCGAACCGAGACGCAGAGGCAGAGGAGCGCCAAUCCCAUCACUCAUUCAUUCAUUCAUCCCCCCUCCUCCCUCCCUCUCUGCCUCUGCCUCCCCUCGCAUGCUUGCUCCAGGAUGCAGCAGCGGCGGCGGCAGCAGAGGUGGUGAUCAUGGUGCAAGGUGAGGAGGCGAGCUGCUCGUGGAGGAUGGCGAGCGCCGCCCACGACCACCACGAGAGGGCGGUGCUGCACCUCAACCACCAAGCGGCGCUCGCCUACCAUGGCGGGCUCCAGCUCCAACCCCAUCACCACGCCUCCGCCGCGCCGCCUGCUGCCAGCUUCCUGGACUUCCAGCCCGCGGCCGCGGCCGCCGCCUACUUCGGGGAGCUGGAGGAGGCCCUCAUCCAUGGCGCCAACGCCGGCGUCGGCGUCGUCGACCACCACCUCCACCACCCGCACCCCGGCGGAAUGAUCGCAGGCGACGCGCAAGCCAAGUGUAAGCUACCGGCAGCGGCAGGAGGAGGAGGGGGAGGAGGGUACCUGGCGGGCGCGGGCAGGCCCCCCACGCUGGAGAUCUUCCCUUCGUGGCCAAUGCCGCACCCACAGCAGCUGCACAGUGCUGGGAAUUCGCAGUCAGUCGGGAGCACCACUGACUCGAGCUCAGCCCGGAACACAAUGGCGCAGAUGGAGCUGGUGUCCCCGGGCCCGGCCGGCAGCGUCAGGCCCUCCCCCUCCUCCACCACCUCCGAGCAGCAGCAGCGGCGGCAGGAGGUGAUGAUGGUGACCACUGAUGAUUACAGCUACAAGCCAGACCUCCCUCCGCCUGCCGCCGCUGGCCUCGCCGCUGCCGCGCCAAGCUUUCAGCAGCCGCACCACCAGGGCCAGCACCAGCAGCUGCAGCUGCACGGAGGAGGAGACCAUGACAAGAGGAAACAUGGAUCCACGAGGAAAGACGGCAAGUUGGUAGAUUCCAAGACUGAAAGGCGAUUAGCGCAGAACAGGGAGGCCGCAAAGAAGAGCAGGCUGAGGAAGAAGGCUUAUGUGCAGAAUCUGGAGACCAGCAGGGUCAGGCUUCAGCAGAUGGAGCAAGAGCUCCAGAGAGCACGGUCACAGGGGAUAUUUCUCGGAGGGGGCGGCGCAGGCGGUGACAUGAGUCCUGGGGCCGCCAUGUUCGACAUGGAGUACGCGCGGUGGCUGGACGACGACGGCAAGCGGCUGGCGGAGCUCCGGGGCGGCCUGCAGGCGCACCUGGCCGACAGCAACCUGGGCGCCGUGGUGGAGGAGUGCAUGCAGCACUACGACGAGCUGUUCCAGCUCAAGGCGGAGCUCGCGCGCGCCGACGUCUUCCACCUCCUCACCGGCGCCUGGGCCACCCCCGCCGAGCGCUGCUUCUUCUGGAUGGGCGGCUUCCGGCCGUCCGAGCUCCUCAAGAUCCUGAUCGGGCAGCUGGAUCCGCUGACGGAGCAGCAGAUGAUGGGGAUCUGCGGCCUGCAGCACUCGUCGGAGCAGGCGGAGGAGGCGCUCGCGCAGGGGCUGCAGCAGCUGCACCAGUCGCUCGCCGACACCGUCGCCGCCGGCACGCUCAACGACGGCACCCCCGGCCCCAACUACAUGGCCAUCAUGGCCAUCGCGCUCGAGAAGCUCGCCAGCCUCGAGAGCUUCUACCAGCAGGCUGACAAUCUGAGGCAGCAAACGUUGCAUCAGACGCGCCGGAUUCUAACAACCCGGCAGGCGGCCCGGUGUUUCCUCUCCAUUGGGGAGUACUACCGCCGGCUCCGAGCUCUCAGCAGUCUCUGGGCUUCCCGUCCUCGCGAGAACUUCAUCGGGACUGAGAGCCUUAGCCCAACAGGAACGGAGCUACAAGGAAUGCAGCACCACCACCAACCGCAACAGAAUCAGUUCUCCGGAUUUUGAGGCUUCUCCUGGAGGGUGUAACGUAGGGGUCAGUGAUGUUAGAAAGAGAGGAGAAGACAACGAGGGACUGUAAUGUUCUAUCAUUGAUUAAAGUAUUUGAGAAAGCAACAUCACUAGGGAAAAGGGGGAGCAAUUGUUGGGGUGCAAUGCUGAGUGGCUCUCACCUGUUGUUCCCAUGGCUCCUGAACUGACUGAAGAGUUAUUAGUGCAUCAAAUUUUGGCUCGCAGAAGGGCAAAGCAAAGGCCGGA